UAGACCUGGUUUCCACAAAAGAGAAAACACCGGGAGCCGCAAAUCCUUUUUGACAUAUAAAAUGAAGAUAACACUGCAGAUAUAUUUUUUACCUAUAUGCUAUGUAUUAAAACUAGGCUAGUGUGUAGCUUAUGAAAUUUUAUUUAUGCAAAGAAAACAUUUUGAACUCUGUAAAAAAAAAAAAAAAACAGGCUAAGUUGAAGGUCUCUUAAAAAGCCGGUCUUAAAGUAUCUGUUAUGACUGACGCGGCACGGACCAGGGAAGCAAUGCACCUGACCAAAGUUGGCGACCCUGCACAGAUAACUGAGAAUAGCCGCACUGCACGUCUUUGGUCAGUAAAAACUGUAUAUCUGUCAGCUCCACACACACAACGCAGAGGCACGAUUGACACCUACAACCCUGAAGGCGUGUGGCAAAACUGUCACCCACCAAGCUAACUGACUCAAGACAAUUUGCAUGUUUGAAUGAAGAAAUCGAGACUUCCGUUAAACAAUGGAAAAACUGCAAUUCCCAGAAUGCACACCUCACCUCAACGGCACAUGAGACGUACUGAAUCGUUAAUACGGUACAACGUGGAAAAAAUGAAACCGAGCAAAGCUGUCAUCGUUCCCGGCAACGGAGCUGGAAGCGUAGAGCACUGUAACUGGUAUGGAUGGGUCAAAAAACAGAUAGAUAAGAUUGCAGGUAUGAGCUGUCUGCUCAGAAACAUGCCAGACCCUGUGACAGCCAGAGAGAGCAUUUGGCUGCCCUUCAUGGAGAAAGAGCUGCAAUGCGAUGAAAAGACAAUAAUCAUUGGUCACAGUUCAGGGGCUGCAGCUGCGAUGAGGUAUGCAGAAACGCACAAGGUGUACGCGAUUGUGCUGGUAGGCGCUUAUACCUCCGACCUGGGUGAUGAAAACGAAAAAGAGAGUGGGUAUUUCAGCCGGCCGUGGCAGUGGGACAGGAUCCGGAGUAACUGCGGGCACAUUGUUCAGUUUGGUUCCCUGGACGACCCCUUCCUGCCGUGGAGCGAGCAGCAGCAGGUGGCUGAGGGUUUGCAGGCGCAGCUGCACGAGUACAAGGACCGCGGGCACUUCCAGAACACGCAGUUCCCGGAGCUGGUCCGUGUCGUGCGGGAGAUGGCAGAGAGCGGCUGAGUGGCAGCGGUCUGGGUGUCACUGGCAGUACAGUAAUGAGAAAGGUCAUCGUGUAUGUGAAUAAAAACAUUGCAGGAUUCUGGCUU